AUGGCUUCAUCUAGUAAUAAAGAAGGGACGAAAGAGGUAUUUAAGUGGACUGAUAAGGACACUAUCAUCCUAUGUGAAGUAUGCCUUCAAUUCAUUAAAGACAAUGGUCGAUCACAAUGUUUCAAGUGGAAGGAAAUCCAAAUAGACGUGGAAAAAAAAAUUGGCCGUCCAUUUAGUAACUUGAGUAGUUGCAAGCAUAAAUAUGAUGCAAUGAGAAGAGAUUGGCGUAAUUGGACUAAAUUAAAAUCUUCGGAAACUGGUCUCGGGUGGGAUCCAAAUUCUGGAAAAAUUGAUGCAUCAGAUGAGUGGUGGCAAAGAAAAAUAAAGGGUGUCAACUCAACUCUUGAAACUAAUUGGGAUAAAUUAUUUGGAGACUCGUAUGCAACGGGUGAAAAUGUUUAUGUACCUUCAAUGGACCACAUUGAAGACCUUACAGUAGGGAAUGAAAAUACUGAGGAAGAGUUUGUAGAAAAUCGUAGAGUUGAUGAUUUUACAACUGAAUUAUUAGAUGAAGGGAACUUUUUUCGAAAUUUUGUGGAACAAGCAAGAAAUGGUGCCACCUCAGGUAAUCGAGGAGGUGGUUCACAAGUAGUUAGUAAAGGUGCAGAUAAUGACAUGCAUUCUUCUAAGAAGCAACCUAUGACAAAGCAGAAUAGUGUACCAUUGAAGCGUGCAAGAAGGCAGUCUGCUGGAUCUGCGAUGUUGGCUAAGGAAAUAAGCGAAAUGUCACAAUGUGUCAAACUUAUGAGUCAAAGCAGCUCUAUUGAUAGCAUUGAUCCAUCUAUGUCCACAAUCCCUGUAGCAAUGAAAAUGCUUAAUCGUAUGGUAGAAAAUUACGAAUUAGAAAAAUGUAGUGAUUUGUGGUUUUAUGCUACUACUGUAAUUCAGGAUCCUAGUAGUAGGGAAGUCUUCUUUAGUAUGGAGGAUGAUGAAACUAGGAUUAAGUGGUUGCAAUACUUGCUUAAUGAGAAAAACAAGCAUUGA